CUCCUCUCCCCCAGUAUUUCUCUCCAGUUCUUGGAUACAAGCAAGUUGAAGAUAGAUUCUGAUACCAUUGAUUUUAUUAUUUUCCCCGCAGAUUGAAGGAUUGCGCGCUAGACGUUAGAGAUUCGUUUUUCAGCCGCGCCCCAGUUUGUGCUACCGCGUUUAUCUGUCUACAUCACGCAACUCCCUGCGACGCGCUCUAUCGAACACAUAAUAGCCAGCAUCCACCAUGUUCGGCUCAACGGACCCCCAGAUCACACUCGCUCAGGAGAUCAGCGCUCCUCCGGCAAAGGGCCAGCCGUACAGCGUUCCGAUCCUGGGCACACAGUCAGAGGGCAAGAGCGCCAUCUACCGGCACUGGAGAUUUGCGGACAAGCCUUUGUUGGAGCGCUUGGUGCCUGAGAUUGGCACGCCGCACGAAGCCUUUGAGAACUCGGUCGCUAGAUACCCGCGGAACAACUGCCUCGGCCACCGGCCCUACGACCCCGUCGCGAAGAAGUUCGGCGCAUAUGUGUGGGAAGACUACGAGACUGUUGCUCGGCGCCGGAAGAACUUUGGCGCGGGACUUGUGCAUCUGCAUAGGCAGGCUGGCGUCACGGCGACUAAGUAUGGCGUCGGGCUGUGGUGUCAGAACAGGCCCGAGUGGCAGAUCACUGAUCUGGCUUGCAUGUCCCAGAGCCUUUUCACGGUUUCCAUCUACGACACCCUCGGCCCCGAUACUACCGAGUACAUCAUCAACCACUCCGAACUGGCGUGUGUUGUCACAGGAAUGAACCAUGUCACAUCACUGUUGAAGUUAAAACCGCGACUCCCGACUCUGAAGAUUAUCAUCGUCCUGGACCCGCUGUCUGCUGGCGAACUUCCCGGAGAAUCAAAGGGAGAGCUUCUCAACUCAUUGGCAGCGGACUUGGGAAUGACAAUCCACUACAUCCGCGACGUCGAGGCCUUGGGCGAGAAGCUACCGCUUCCUAUGAGCCCACCGUCACCAGACGACAAUGCUACCAUCAACUACACGUCAGGUACCACGGGAAAUCCCAAGGGCGUCGUGCUGAGCCACAGGAACGCACAUUCCGCGACGUGCUCCAGUUUGGUUCUCAUGGGCUCCGACAGUGACCAGAUUAUAUGCUCGUUCCUGCCUCUUGCACACAUCUACCAGCGACUUGGUGAACACAGUGCGCUUGCGGCUGGUUCGGCGAUUGGGUAUUUCCACGGGAAUGUCGUUGAAUUGAUCGACGACUUGAAAAUGCUCAGACCAACUGCUUUCUCAGGUGUUCCCAGGCUGUACAACAGGUUCGGGUCCAAGAUCAAGGAGGCUACCAUUGAGGCGACGGGUGCUAAGGGCGCGCUAUCUCGACAUGUGGUCUCGACGAAGUUGACUGCUGUAAACGACCCGCAGAACGCUUCCAACACGCACAUGCUGUGGGACCGCGUCUGGGCCAAGAAGGUAGCCGCAGGCCUCGGUCUGGAUCGAUGCAAAACCAUGGUCAGCGGCUCCGCGCCCAUCGAUCCCAGUCUGCACCAGUUUCUGCGCAUUGUCUUCGCCAACAACUUCGUCCAGGGCUACGGCUUGACAGAAACCUACGCCAUCGCGCUCUGCCAAGCGAAUGGCGACUUUACAUCUGCAAACUGCGGCGGUGUUACGGCGAAUGCGGAGGUAUGUCUUGGUGAUGUGCCUGACAUGGAAUACCUUUCGACCGAUCUGCCACACCCUCGAGGAGAGCUUCUUAUCCGUUCCGCGACGCUGUUCAAGGAGUACUUCCGCAACCCCGAGGAGACGGCAAAGGCCAUCGAUGCAGAUGGCUGGUUCCACUCAGGUGAUAUCUGCUCCGUCGACGAACUCGGCCGUUUCAAGAUCAUCGACCGUAAGAAGAACGUCCUCAAGCUCGCGCAGGGCGAGUACAUCUCCCCCGAGCGUAUUGAGAACGUGUAUCUAGCAAACUGCGGGUGGAUCGCGUCUGCCUACGUCCAUGGCGACUCGCAUCAGGCGUUCCUGGUCGCCAUCUUCGGUGUGGCGCCGGAUAUGUUCCCCGCAUUUGCUUCCAAGGUGCUGGGUGAGAAGAUGCAGGAUGGUGAUAUCGCAGCGCUGCAGGCUGCGCUCACAAACAAGAAGGUCGAGAAGGCGGUGCUGAAGGAGCUGGACCGUGUGGGCAAGCAGAAUAAGUUCAACAGCUACGAGCGUGUCAAGGCCGUGCGGUUGUUCCUGGAUCCGUUCACCAUUGAAAACGAGCUCUUGACGCCAACGCUCAAGUUGAAGCGUCCGCAGACGGUGAAGAAGUUCAGGCAGCAUCUCGACGACUGCUAUGAUGAGGCUCUUGCAGUGGAGAGCAAGACCAAGGCGAAGUUGUAGAUACAGGUAAUCACGUUUUGUGUUGUUGUGUUCCCGAGGCUGUUGAAUGCCGGUGCCGAGGGUGAUGCCGAGUUGAACUGUUGAAGCAGAGAGAUAAGCAGUGAUGGUUGGGUGUAAAUGUACGGUAUAUUAGCCAAUUGCAGUCGGUGAUUUCUAAAUACUCCGGCCAAUGCGACGAUCGCGUA